AUGAAAGCGAAUGAGACAUCGACAUCUUCAUCUAUUAAUAUUUUACCAACUGAGACUCCAAUGUCUCGAUUAUUAAUUAAGCCAUUUGAUAAGAGAUAUUCGACACAAUUAAUAAUCGACAAAAAUAAUGUGUUAGAACGACAAACUUUCACGUUUCUUUUACGUAAAAGGAAAAGAACAGCAAUCUUUCAACAUGUAAUCACGCUAAGUGGAGAUGAUUUUAGAGGUAAUUUCAAUAAUUCUGAAGAUUCUGAUAGUAAUUCAUUAACCGAAAAUAAUGAAAGAGAUGUUAGAAAUAAUGCUGAAUUUUUGAAUAAUUUUGAAGAUUAUUCUCAUUCUGUGUUCAAUUUACCAACCGUCUUAGAACUACUAAAAUAA